GGACUUUUGGCUCAGUCCGUGCCUCGCACGCAUCCAGUAAAGACGUCAGACGUACUAUACACACACAUUUAUUCAAAGUCUCACCCUGCCUCGUCAUCCAACAUAUCAUCAUCUUGUGACUUGUGUCAACAGUUUCAGUGACAAAAAUUUAUUCGAAAUGCCACUUGGCGUAAUGAAGCGGCCUUCGAGCUACAGCCACUGUCCUCUCAAAAAGAGGCCACUCAAAUAUGAUCCUCUGGAAGACUCCAAUUCGGAUUCCGACCUAUCCUUCAAAGGUCCGUCUCCGUCCCUUCCAAUGGAUUUAUCAGAGCCAGAAAAUUUGUCCACCAAACCAGAAGAUCUGCGAGUAACCAAUACUCAGAAAACUAUCCUCACGUCAUCACCACCUCCACCACUUUCUUUAAUUGCUGGUAGAGGUGACAGUUACUCAGCAGCUCAUCAACAGUUUCGUCAAUCAGAAUCUGUUCAAUUUGAGCCCAAAAUGAUUUCACCAUCUCAUUAUCAAGCUCAUUAUCAAGUAAAAUCCUCCUCCUCCUCAACUACCAGUGGCCCCCUUGGACCUCUUAACCUAAAUGCUCCUGCUGCAUGGUCCAAGAUAAACUAUGUGCCUACAAUGCCUCUCAAUUAUGUUCCUGCUACAAAGUCAGUUGGAAUUUUUAGUCCUUCCGUGCCCAGAUCGUCCACCCAGCAAAAUAUUGGACAAUUCUUACCCCCAUCUCAUUUCACCCCAUCUUCAGGGAAUAAUUUUAGAGAACCAGGGUCACCUCCCCACAUCUCACCCCCACUCAGCCAUGAGCCAGCCUACCCCGUUUUAAGAAUUGAGGAGCACAACAAUAAGUCCAGAUACAUGGAUGACAUCAAGACUUUCCCUCAAAAUCAACACCAUCAAAUUAAGCAAGAGAGCUACUACCACCAAACCACUGAAUCUCCUCCUCCGUACUACAACAACAACAGCUAUCACCACCACCACCAUCAACUUUCCCCACCAAGUCGCUCACCAAUUUCGCAUCCUGAUUCCGUACUCAACACGAAAGAGUCGAAUAACCAAGAAAAAAUGGCCAACGCCACAGCAAUUGUUCCCAUAAAUGUGAAUGGGAGUGUUCGUUACCAGUGUCCCGAUUGCAACAAGUCCUACUCCACCCAUGCUGGGCUUCACAAACAUAUGCAAUUCCAUUGUGCAAGUCAGAAUAAGAAGUCAUUCGUUUGCAAAUUUUGCGAAAAAGUGUACGUCUCUUUGGGAGCCCUUAAAAUGCAUGAGCGAAGUCAUACUAAACCAAACUGUUGUGGCCUUUGUAACAAACGGUUCUCAAGACCAUGGCUUUUACAAGGCCAUAUCCGCACCCACACUGGUGAGAAACCCUUCAUUUGUCACCAUUGCAAUCGAGCUUUUGCUGACCGGUCUAACCUUCGUGCCCAUCUCCAAACGCAUUCGGACGUGAAGAAGUACUCCUGUAAAUCCUGCUCCAAAACUUUCUCCCGAAUGUCUCUGCUCACCAAACAUGAGGAAGGUGGAUGCUCCAACUGCAUUCUGAGCAAUUCCGACUAAAAUCUCAUCAUCGCCGUAAUAAUAAUAAGAAUAAUAUUAAUUAUGACGAUACGACAGAGAAAUUGCCUCCUUCUCUCUCUCUCUGCUGCACCCAGUGUUCAAUACCAAUUAUUUUUUAUUCUGUAAAAGUACAACUUGUGCCAUUGGUUGGUGUUAUAGUUAAAAGAGAUUUCGAGUCACUAAAUAAUGUAAAAACAUUCGCUUAUUCUUUUACACAUUUGAUAUACAAAGAAUAGCUCAUAUUUAGAGAUUAUUAAUGAGAUUAAAUAGUUUGUGAAUUAUUUAAAUAGCUCCGUUUGUGUUUUGUUUGACGCAUUUAAUAAAACAACAAAAACAAUA